AUGGGCUCUAAAGGCCCAGAGAGGCGUAAACAGGCCACCCCUGGUCAGACCCCCGAGGGCAACGUUGUGAUGAGCUUCAGUUUUGAGAGCUACCAGCUGGAAGAAGAAGACUGUCAAGUGAAAGAUAUUUCAGAUAAAGGGGUGCUGGCUCUUUCAGAACAUGCCUUUGAGGAACCUGUUCCAGAAGAUCGCUAUCAUGGGAUCUAUUUUGCCAUGCUCCUGGCUGGAGUGGGCUUCCUGUUGCCUUACAAUAGCUUCAUUACAGAUGUGGACUACCUGCAUCAUAAAUUUGAAGGAACCCACAUUGUGUUUGAUAUGGGUUUAACGUAUAUUAUUGUUGCUCUCGUGGCUGUGAUCCUGAACAAUGUCCUGGUGGAGAUGCUGAGCCUGCACACAAGGAUCACUGUGGGUUACCUCUUUGCACUUGGACCUCUGUUUUUUGUCACCAUCUUUGAUGUGUGGCUGGAGAAGUUCACCACAAAGCAGGCGUAUAUCAUCAAUCUGAUGUCUAUGGGGAUCGUGGCAUUUGGAUGCACAGUGCAGCAGUCCAGUUUCUAUGGAUACAUGGGGAUGCUACCCAAGCACUAUACACAGGGAGUGAUGACUGGAGAAAGUACGGCAGGAGUGAUUAUUUCACUCAGCCGCAUUUUCACCAAACUACUGAUAAAAAAUGAGAGGGAGAACACUAUCAUCUUCUUUGGCAUUUCCAUCUCUAUGGUGUUGAUGUGCUUUAUCUUGCACUUGCUGGUGCGAAGGACCCGCUUCGUGCGGUACUACACUGGUCUGGCACGUCAGGGUCUGUCUCAUGCCAAAGACCACCCACAACAUGGAACCCAGUACCAGGUCCACCAUGAUGUCAUUACAGAAGAAGUAAGAUUUGGCAAUGGUGCCGUGGGUGCUUAUCCAGCUGAAGAUGGGUGCACAGAGUUUGCUGGCAGCAACACGUACGUGAGGUUUGAUGUGCCAAAACCAAAGAUUAAACGAAGCUGGCCAGGUAUCAAAGACAUGAUUUUACAUCGUUACGUGGUGGCCCGGGUGAUCUGGACCUACAUGCUCUCCAUUGCUGUGACUUACUUCAUCACCCUGUGUCUUUUUCCUGGACUGGAGUCUGAGAUCAAGAAUGCCACAUUGGGGGAAUGGUUGCCCAUCAUUAUCAUGGCCAUCUUUAACAUAUCUGACUUUGUGGGCAAAAUCGUGGCAGCUGUGCCGUAUGAGUGGAAUGGGACACGUCUUCUCCUCUGCUCUUGUGUGCGAGUGGUCUUCAUCCCUCUGUUUAUCAUGUGCGUGUACCCUGCUCAGAAGCCCACCUUCAGCCACCCCGCAUGGCCUUGCAUCUUCUCCCUCCUCAUGGGCAUCACUAACGGCUACUUUGGAAGCGUUCCCAUGAUUCAUGCUGCCGGCAAGGUGGCACCUGAGCAGAGGGAACUAGCAGGGAACAUAAUGACUGUGUCCUACAUGUCUGGAUUAAUGUUGGGCUCUGUGGUUGCCUACGCUGCCUACAGUUUUACUGCUCCAGGCUCAAGGUUUCACUCUGGGACCGGCUACAACUUUACCCAGGGUUACUAGUCCAAGCCAAAAAAAUAGACAAAAGACUUUUCUUCCUGUCAUCAAUCUCAUCAGGUGGCACUAUUUGCCACAUCGUGUAGCAACUCCGCACUCCCCAUAAAUCAGAAGUCUGCUGCAGGGUUUCUCCGGCCUACCUGCAAUGCUGUGUGCCUCUGGAUGUAGUCAAAUGGAUGAAGAAACAAGCGUUGACACUGUAAAGAGUUAUACUGUAUAUGUGUGCUUUGUUGUGUUGCCUUUUCUUGUUCUCUAAGAGUGUUUUCUUCAAGCUGCCAAACGUUAAAAGCUGUGUGGUGAUGAAACACUGUGAAAAUCAGGGUGAAGAUGUUUUUCUUGGUUUACAGUUUCACUCCAUACUAUGUGGUGUCGUGUAUGCUUUUGACCGAGAAACUAUGAGUAAAUUAUGAAAAUCUUGAGUCAUUUAAAUAUUAGGUCUAAAUUGAUGCAUGUUUUCUUGAGUGCAAUAUGGACAUUGGACCUUUUUGGCUAAAGCUAACUGAAUGUAAACAUGCUCAAAUAAAAGAGUUUUAUAAUUA